AUGACAAAUGAAUUACUACUUAUUAGUCUAAGGCUUGUACCAUUCCUUCUCCUCGCUGGUCAUGCAUUGGCAAAGCCAGUUGGUAGACCUGAAAAGUUUGACUGGAAGAAAAACGAAGUAGUCUUCGCAUUUGGUGACUCCUACACCUAUACUCAAGGAGAAUUAGGCUUUACCAACUAUUCGUGGAAUACGUUUCAGCAUCUUGAUAAGCAUGGAAAUGUUAUAGUGGGUGAAGAUCCCAUUAUCUUGAAUGCGACUUCGGCUGGUGGACCAAACUGGAUCGAGGAUGUUACUGGCUGCUAUUCUGGUCUUCCAUCCAAGUGCAAACACUCUCUUUACAACAUUGCCUUUGCCGGUGCGGAUAUCGAUCCCACCAAGAUUGCUCUUCAUCACAACUUCUCCAUUGACUAUGUCACUCAAAUUGACCAAUGGUUUACUUACGUUCAACCCAAAAUUCACUACAAGUCCUCCAACACUCUUGCUGCUUCCUUCAUUGGUAUCAAUGAUGUUAGCGAUACCUCAAAGUGGACAAACGUUUCCUUCCCCGCGUUUUUCGAUGGGUUGAUUUCAUCGGUAUUUGAUGGUCUGGAGCGCCUCCACUCUGCUGGAAUCAAAUCUUUCCUAGUUCUCAAUGUACCUCCUGUUGAUCAUGCACCUGGUUCAGGCGGAAAAGCGGCAUUGGCAGCGAACGUUGCUACUUAUAAUUCAAUCUUGGCCAAUUACACAUCUGCGUUCGCUGCGAACCAUACCGAUUCAAACGUCUUUUACUUUGAUACCUAUGCCUAUUUGAUGACGAUCUUGAACGAUGCGUCCACUUAUGGGUUCAAGAACAUCACUUCUUUCUGUCCCCGCUAUGAUGCCCCGGAUUUCAACACCAAUUAUGCAGCUUACGGAUGUUUAGCUCCCUACGAGUACUUUUGGUUCAACUCUGGGCAUAUUACUUAUCCUGUGCAUAAGCUUAUGGCUGGACAAAUUUCUGAAAUGCUUGAAAAAGGCGCAACAGUAUAA